CCGCUCUAUACCCCUCAAUUAAAUGAUCAAUAAAUUCCUUACCCCUCAAAUCCAACCCACAUCCCACAUUUAUACAUCACGUCUCUUCAAAGCUCCUCCCACAUGAUCGGGCCCCAAAGUCAAAUUGAGCUCUCCCACGCCUUUGAAAGACUUCUCGAAGAACGUCGUGACGCGGAACGUCUCCGUCGAGAUUUAAUCUACUAUUGGCACACAUUAAUUCUCGAAGCUAAGAAACGAACCAAGGAACUCGAACGAGCAUUUUAUCAAGCGGAAAAUUGUGGUGAUACGCCUUUCUCUAGUGAGGAAACAAUUGUACCUGGGACUCCUGAUACUAUUACUGCGUUGGCGGGAUUAAGUCGAUUACCUUCACCAUUAACUCCUGUCACUAGUAAAGGUGCGAAAAGUCCUUUCAGGUUGGACAAUUUGAGUACAGAGAGGAUUCAGAAGAAGUUGGAGGGUUUACUUAAGAGGUAUCAGGGGAUUAUUAAUUUUUCAAAAGGAAAUAGUGGAAAGGAAUAGGGAAUGAGUAGAGAGGGGUUUUAUUGGCAAUCUCUUUCUUCUUCUUAUACGCUGAAUGCUGGUAGAGGAAGGAGUGAGACGGAAUUAUUGCGGAGUGAAAAAGAGUUGUUGAGGAAAAGUAAGGCAUUUGUGGCGAGGAAGUGGAGAGGACGUGAAAAGGUAUUACGGAUGGUUUUUAGGAGAGAAGGUUGAUUUUGCAAAAAUUCUUAUUUUCUGGUAAGGGAAAGUUGUUGGCGUACAUUUAUCAUCGACAACUCAUCGCCUAUUCACCGUACGUCUGUCUCCUCGCUUGACCAUAUCUUCACAACAAUUCUACACCUACCCACAUACAAAACCAAACCUCAUCACAACCACACCCACAUCCAAACCAAGCCUC